GCAUGCUUUUGAGCGUCAAAACUUUAAAAGGAGAAUAAAAAGAUGAGCAAAAAGAAAAAAGUUGUACGUUUCUGAGCAAUGCUGGUUGUUUUGUUCUUAUCUAUUGGAACUAUUCGUCAGAAUGAAACACAAACCAAAAUCCAUUAGUUCCUUUUCAGAUAGAGCAACUCCAUUUGCUAGCACAAAAUGAAGUAUCAGUUGAUACGGUUUAUAGUUACUCUGUUUAUUAUAAUCACAAGUGGAAGCGUGAGAGGAAGUACGGAAGCUUGCAAUGCCAAUGACUUGGAAGGUUUAAUGGGUUUCAAGAAUGGGAUUCAAAUGGACACUUCUGGACGCCUAGCAACGUGGGUUGGCCACAACUGUUGCCAAUGGGAAGGUGUUGUCUGUGAAAAUGCAACCUCCAGAGUCAGUGAGAUAAACCUCGCAGGAUUCAUUUCCACAGGUGAUGAUUUGUCUCAAACCCAGAUGAAGGGCUUGCUUUCUCCUUCCAUAACGCUUCUUACCUCUCUUAAAGUCUUAGAUCUUGGUGGUUUAGCUGGUCUCAGUGGGACAAUUCCACAAACAGUGGGUGUCCACUUGCAAAAUCUCCAAAAGCUCCGCCUUUACGGCAACAACUUGACUGGUCCAGUACCAGAAAGCAUUGGUGAGUUGUCAAAUCUUCAAGAACUGGCUUUGCAUGAAAAUGGGUUAUCUGGGUCAAUCCCUUCAACCCUGGGAAGCCUGAAAAAUCUCAAAAGGUUGCUGCUUUAUACGAAUCAUUUUUCAGGUAUAAUGCCGGACUCACUUGGUAAUUUGACUAGCUUAGAGGAAUUGGAUGUUCAUGGCAAUUCUUUAACUGGUCAUAUACCAGAUAGGAUCGGUCAGAUGCAAGCUCUGGAGAAGCUUGAUCUUUCUAACAAUCUUUUAAGUGGCAAUAUACCUGCUUCACUAACCAAUUUAACUGCCAUUUCACUUUUAUACGUGGACACCAACCUUCUCGAGGGGAACAUCCCAUUUCCCUCAAGAUCUGGUGAAAUGCCUUAUCUGAAAUUCUUAAGGCUCCAUAGUAACCAUCUCAAUGGGAAUAUACCUUCCAGUUUUGGCUAUCUAGUUUCCCUCCAGAGAGUUUCGCUCUCAAACAACAAGCUUGAAGGAGAAAUACCUUCUAGUUUGAGCAAUUUGCAAUCUCUGACAGAACUUUAUCUCAGUGACAACUUCUUAUCUGGCCAGAUCCCAAAAUCAAUAGGACAACUCUCUGAGCUUAUAAUGUUUAACAUUUCCAAUAAUCUAAUUGAAGGACCAUUGCCUCAAGAGAUGUCAUCCCUUCAAAAUGUGCAAACCCUUGAUCUGUCUUUCAAUCAUCUGAACCUCUCUUCCAUCCCAGAAUGGCUUGCAAAUAUGCCAUCGCUUUCUCGUAUUUACUUGGCAGGUUCUGGAAUCAGGGGUCGUAUUCCGGACUUUUUGCAAACAGCCGAUAGUCCAAUUCAGGAAUUGGACUUAUCAAUGAACUAUCUCAGUGGAGCCAUACCCUCCUGGAUUGGAACCCUGGACCAGCUAUACUUGCUAAAUCUCUCAAGGAAUUCACUUGAUUCAAACAUCCCUGAUUCUAUUUCAAACUUGAACGAUCUGGGUGUUCUUGAUCUUCACUCAAAUAAGCUAACAGGAUCCGUGAAUCGAGUUUUUGAAGCACAAGGGGUUUCUGGGGGAUCGCUGACAUACAUUGAUCUUUCUGACAACAACUUCUCAAGUGGGAUUGAAGAUAUUGGCGUGGGAGGGCAACGUGACAUUCAGUUUCUGAAUUUGUCUCACAACAUUCUGAGAGGCAGAUUACCAAGUUCUAUUGGGAGUUUGAAAUCAAUUCAAAGUUUGGAUUUGAGCUUCAACGAUUUAGCCUCCAACUUGCCGGAGAUAUUGGCAAAUCUAACCUCGUUAGAGAGAUUGAAGCUGCAGAAGAAUCACUUUACAGGCAACAUACCCAGUGGAUUUCUGAACCUGAGAAACCUGAAAGAACUGAAUUUAUCAGACAAUUCUCUUGAAGGGGAAAUUCCAGAGGGCAAACCUCUGAUUGACUUUCCCGAGACUUCUUAUUCUGGCAACAAAGGCUUAUGUGGGAGGCCUCUCGUUCCCUGUAAGACCUGAGAAUUGCCGGAUGGUUUUUCUCUUUCCUUGCCAGAAAUUGUCAGAUAACAUUGGAACGAAAACUUAAGGGUUGGAUUGAUUUGUAAUGAACCAUCAUGUUUAAAUUAUCCAGAAACAUUUUGAUUUGGUUUAUUUGUCGCGCAAAAUUAGGAAGUUGAACAUCCACUUUUUUCCCCUUGCAGAAUGGAGAGAACUUCUGUAAUUAUAUCUUUGGUUAAUUUGAUGAUAUUUGGUUAA